UUAAACCAUAAACAUGAAGAAAUUAAAGCUUAAAGAACUGGAAAGCUGUCUUCAACAAGUUGAUACUUUUGAAAGUCCAAAACUACUCCUGGAACAGUAUCCAACAAGACCUCAUAUUGCAGCAUGUAUGCUUUAUACAAUUCACAAUACUUUUGAUGAUAUUGAAAACAAAACAAUUGCAGAUUUAGGAUGUGGUUGUGGCAUGCUCAGCAUUGGAAGUGCAAUGUUAGGAGCAGGAUUCUGUGUGGGGCUUGACAUAGAUGCAGAUGCAUUGGAAAUAUUUAAUAGCAAUAUUGAAGACUUUGAGCUCAUGAAUGUCAACAUGGUUCAGUGUGAUAUCUGUUCUUUAUCUGACAGCAUGUCCGAUACAUUUGACACAGUUAUUAUGAACCCUCCGUUUGGUACCAAGCAUAACAAAGGAAUUGAUAUGAUUUUUCUGAAAACUGCUCUACAAAUGGCAAAAACAGCUGUAUAUUCCCUUCACAAAACUUCAACACGGCAGCACAUUCAAAAGAAAGCAGCAGAAUGGGAAGUGAAGAUGGAAGUCUUAGCAGAACUUAGGUUUGACUUACCAGCAUCAUACAAGUUCCAUAAGAAGAAAUCAUCUUGUCCAGCAUGGGAAGACAAUUCAGUUCAAGACAAGUUAAUCAGAUUCUUUCCCUGACUAGCAGUCAUCUACCAAAGGCGCAGAUCCUCAGUUCAUAACAACAGCAACAAAACUGAGAGCAAACAACAUUUGUUCAUUAAGUCAAAUCCAGCCUCUCAUCACUAAGCAAAACAUCAAUAACAAAAAUGUUCAAUUCCUACAUAGGUAUAAUGAGAAACAUUUCUGAAGUUUCUGUCUCAUGCUUAGUCUUUGAAAGUUCACAGAACUUACUGGAGGAAGGAAUGAAAAUAUCUGCAUUUACUGAUACAUCCUAAAGAUGUCUAGUUCUCUCCUUUACAAAUGUCUCUUCAUUGCAGUUCUGACUGAACAGUGAAUCAAGUAUCUUUGAUAACACAUAAGACAUUUUAACUUGGAAGUAACUUUACUUAACUGGCAGCAAGUAUAUAAUCCCAGUACAUCAGAUGCAGUCACAAAGAAGCAGCUACUGGCCAGAAAAUUAACUGGGAUCAGACAAUUUCUAUCUAGUUGCUCUUAAGAUAGCGUGUGAAGAUUAAUCCUUGAGAAAAAAAUGUAGCUUUAUGAAGCUGUCAGAAAUUAGUUUGAAUUCAGUUUUGAACUAUGAAGCACAGAUUUCUUCUUUCUCCCUUUGCACACUAACACACUCGUUAAAUCCGGCUACAGAACAUAAAGCAGUUUCUUGGUCCCAUUACCGCAGUUCAUAGAUCUGUGAUCACAAAGGCUGCUGGUGAAGAUGGUUUUGCACUCAUGUCUUGCAUGUUUUAUUGGGAGAUGUAACCAUACACUUUCUGCUCUUCUGCCACUUGCAGGGCAGUUACAUAUUUCAGAGCAUCAAGAUGACUGGCAACACUAAAGCAGGGAAAACUCCCCCGAGGUGCCCUUGUUACAGGAAAUUAUGUUCUUCAUCAGAAUACUCAGUUGGCAGCCUCACCUUCUUAUUUUAGUAGUUUAAUUCCCCAGUAAUUGUUCAGCCUACUGCAGUCUGCAGUAUUCCCAUUUCCUCCUCUUCCUGAUCUCAAAGCCGUAUUCAAUCCUUGGACCUACAUGUAGUUCUUUGGCACUCACAGCCUUGAAAUAUGCAUCCUGGUCUCUACUGCUGUGCUUGCACCUGUACCUAACACUGUAACACUCUUUAAAGCAUGACUGCAGCAAGUGUUAGUUGCCAGCUAUGCUGAGUAUGAUCUGUUUGUCUAAAAAGCACUUUAGAAAACCCAGGCCAGGGCACCCAAGCUGAGAGUUGCAGUUACUUCAGAGAUGUCCCACAUGAGCCAGCCUGACUACAGGAGAUUGACACUUCACCACCAUUCAGGUGCUGGUACUGUCAUAACACCCAACUUGUGAGAGCAAUUAAGUGUUCUAGUUUACAUUAUACCCAGUUUGGUCUAAUUUAAUGGCAAACUAUAGAGCAGUCUCGGCUUUUUCCAUGGGAUCAACUAACUGACCACUAUCCCAGUCUGCCUCUGCCCAGGUACCAAAAUACCCAGAACCAGCAACUCAGUUUCCACAUAAGGCUCAGCUCCACUGUUAAGAAGAGAAGAAAACAAAGUCUACUUCCUUAGCAGUGUUUUCAAAAAGCAUGAACCAACACAAGCCUUAGGACACAUCCUUUAGAAUAAGUCUUCCACGUGGAACUUUUUCUAAAAAGCAUCCUUUCAGCUGCAAGUAACAAACUGUAGGCAAGACUAAGAAAGACUCAAGCUUGCCAUGCAUGGAAUUCAGUUCAGCGAUUGAGCUCUAACCUAUUUAGAACAAAAGCAGAAGCAGCCUUCUAAUGUAAGAGAAAUUCUAGCCUUCUCUGCACAUGCUCACUUCAGACUCUUUAGCUCAGUCAUUUGGCACAGGACAACUUCCAGAUCAAUAGUUUUCAGUUGCUGUGCAGCAGUGAAGACUCCAAUGAACAGCAAUCACAGUCUGAACUGCAUACAAAAUUCUACAGAAGAUUUUAAGGGCUUCCUUAAUAAACUACAUUAACUUA